AUGUUCUUUGAAAAAUGUAAAUCAAUUAAAGAAGGCUUUAAAUCUCGUACCUAUCUUAUGACUAAUGACGAUGGCAACCUCAUAUCAGACCCUAAAAUGAUCAUAGACAAGUUUCAAACAUAUUUUGAGAAUCUAUUAAAUAAUAAAUCAGACUAUGAAACAAACAAUACAGAUGGAUCUGGAGAACCGGCUGAGAAUCAAAUAUAUGUUACUGUGGAACCAGAAGUGCCGGAACCUAGUUUGGAGGAGAUUAAAUAG